UCAGAAAUGGUGGGCUUUCACUUUUCAUACAUCAUCACAUCGUAAAACCGUUGCGCAAUUAACAUCAAUCUUUGCGUCUUCUAUUUAAACACUCUAAAACUUUUACCCUCGUCGUUAAACCCCGCUCUGAUUCUCAGCCCCUCCUCCGAUCUGAGAACCAAAGCAGCCUGACGACGUUGGACGGCGAGAUCAACGGUCAUUAGCUCCCCCCAAUCUCAUCUCAGCCGUCCAUCUGUAACUUCUCCACCACAGCACUACCUCUCUCCAUCUCCGACGGCGAGUCACAGAACUGGAUGGAAAGUUCUAGAACGGCUCAAUUCGCGUGAAGCAAACUCGGUUCCGAUUCGAGUUCGUCAAGACGGAGUUCGCAAAGCCACGUGGCGCGAUGAGGGGGGCUGGAUGAACCGGCGAGGGGUUCAGAGGUUCCGGCAGGCGCUGAUCUCGACCGUCGGAUCGGUGAAGAUUAAGCUCGUGCUCGGAUUCUGCAUCGGCUUUACUGUCAUCGCUCUCGCCGGCCGCGCUUCGGAGUUUAUGGGAUGGACGAGUCACACUGCUUCGCUGGAACGGUUCUCCGGUUCGAGGAAAGGAUAUGCUAUUGUAAUGAACACAUGGAAGAGAUACGAUCUUUUGAAGCAGUCAAUUUCUCACUAUUCCAGGUGUCCACGGCUUGAUUCGAUACAUAUUGUGUGGAGUGAGCCAAAUCCUCCAUCAGAUUCUCUGAAAAAAUUUCUAAACCACAUUAUAGAGUUGAACACUAGAGAUGGACGACAAGUUAAAUUGAAAUUUGAUAUCAAUAAGGAAGACAGUUUGAACAACAGAUUUAAAGAAAUUCCAGAUUUGGAAACAGAUGCUGUCUUCUCUAUCGAUGAUGAUGUCAUAUUCCCUUGCUCUUCUGUAGAAUUUGCUUUCGAUGUUUGGCAAAGUGCAUCAGAUACUAUGGUUGGCUUUGUGCCUCGUAUGCACUGGGUUGAUCCCACGAAUGGUCAUAUGGAUCAUUACAUAUAUGGUGGAUGGUGGUCGGUUUGGUGGACUGGUACAUACAGUAUGGUACUCUCUAAGGCAGCCUUCUUCCACAAAAAGUACCUAAGAAUCUACACAAAUGAAAUGCCAGCAUCAAUCAAAGACUUUAUAACCAAGAACAGGAACUGUGAAGACAUUGCAAUGUCUUUUCUUGUAGCAAAUGUGACUGGUGCUCCCCCUAUAUGGGUUAAAGGUAAGAUAUUUGAGAUUGGAUCAACUGGAAUCAGUAGCAUGGGAGGCCAUACUGAAAAAAGAACCCACUGCGUUGAUAGAUUCGCUGCUGAGUUUGGGCGAAUGCCAUUGGUACCUACUUCUGUGAAAGCUGUUGACAGUCGCAACAUCUGGUUUUGGUGAUUUCAGAGCUUACAUUGUCUAUGAUCAAAUUGCUGGAAAAUUUUCCAGUCUCUGAGUUCUGCCUAAGCUAUUCCUAUAGGCUAUAACUCCUGACGCUUGUCGGUUCCCGAGUUGUAUAAUAUUGCAUUCCACAAUAUUAGUGACAGUAGCUAAUUUUGCACGCCCAUAGUAGAUUGGUUUCUUGUAUUCUUACCAUGUAACACGAGGCAGUUAGAUAGGAUUUUUCCGAGUCUCAUUAUUGUAGAACAUAUCUUGCAUAAAUGCCCCUUGAGGAAUUUUUGUGUCCAGAUAUUAUAGUUGGAGACUCCGUUUUGAAUCUCUAUGUACUUGCCACGUUUUUGUUUUCAAUUUUUGAAGGCAUCUUUUUGCAGAA